AUAUAUAUAUUUGUGUGCAGCAGCCCCUUUCUCAUCACCCAUCUCAUUCCGUUUCUUCCCUCAAUACUCCUCAGCCACUCGCCCUCCCUCUCACGCUCUAUCUUCUGCUUCUAUAUCCUCGCCUCGCCGCCUGCAAUCUCCCCCCUUCUCUUCACUAAGGAUUUGGCUGGUGCAUUUCUGGUGGGUGCAGAUAGCAAAAGUGGAGGUUGUUAAGCCAGAACCGUUUUUUAUGUCUGAACGGGCCUCUCAGUUAUUGUCAAUUGGGCUGCUUGGAGAAUAUUGUCCUUCAUCAAGAAAAAAGGAGGCAAAUUCUAGUCUCGAAGUUGGCUGCAUGCAUCACGAGCCACACCAAGGAAACAUAAUACGCUGCCACGGUUGCCUGUCUGUGCGGCCUGUUCCAUCAGUGAGGAGCUUUUACCACAUCAAAGAAACUACUGCUAGAGAAGGCAACUUCCUUAUCUUCUGAUAAAGUUGAUAUACGGCUAAACAGAAAAUGGCUUUGCUAAACAUUGGUGCUGGGAACAAGGAUGAUGCCUUUUACAGGUAUAAGAUGCCUAAAAUGAUAACAAAAAUUGAGGGCCGUGGGAAUGGCAUCAAGACCAACAUAGUCAAUAUGGUUGACAUUGCAAAGGCAUUGGGCAGGCCUGCAUCUUACACAACUAAGUAUUUUGGCUGUGAACUGGGAGCUCAAUCCAAGUUUGAUGAAAAGACUGGGACUUCUCAUGUUAAUGGGGCUCAUGAUACUUCAAAACUUGCUGGACUUCUUGAGAACUUUAUCAAGAAAUUUGUCCAAUGUUAUGGUUGUCGGAAUCCUGAGACAGAAAUAAUCAUAACAAAGUCGCAGAUGAUCAAUCUUAAGUGUGCUGCUUGUGGAUUCAUCUCAGAGGUCGACAUGAGGGACAAGCUAACCACAUUUAUUCUUAAGAAUCCUCCAGAGGCAAAGAAAGGGUCAAAAGACAAGAAGGCCAUGAGGAGGGCAGAGAAGGAACGACUCAAGGAAGGAGAAGUAGCUGAUGAAGAGCAGAAAAAAUUAAAGAAAGAAGUGGCAAAGAAAAAGGUCCCAAAAGAUGCUGUUUCCAAGACACUGAGCAAGAAGAAGUCCCAACACUCUGAUGAGGACCAUUCCCCAUCUGGUAGUCAGGCAGACGAGCACGAAGCACCAGCAGUGGCUGAUGACAGUGAUGAUGAUGUCCAGUGGCAGACUGAUACUUCUGCAGUUGCAGCGCAACAAACCAUUAAGGAGCAGCUUAAUGCUGUUACUGCAAGCAUGGUCGUGCUUUCUGCUAAUGAAGAGAAAUCAAAAUCUGGGAAGAGCUCCCCUCAGAGGGAGGGGAAACCUAAAGCCAAUGGACAGGAAAAUGGCAGUGGCAAGGCUGGGGGGGGCCAAGAACGCGCAAACGCAAUAAAGGAGUUUCUGGGGAAGGGUUCCCCGAGUCAACUAAAAUCAUUCCUGGAGUCCCUCUCGGGCACUCGCGAAGAAAUCAUUGCUGCUUUAUUUGAGGCCUUGUUUGAGGGUGUGGGGAAGGGAUUUUCCAAGGAGGUUGUCAAGAAGAAGAAGUACAUUGUAGCUGCUGUGGAGGAAGAGGAGGGAAUACUGCAGCCCGUCCUGCUCCGCGCCAUAGAGACUUUCUGUGGGAAAGCAAGCCCCGAGGCUGUGAAGGAGGUGGGCUUGGUUUUGAAAGGGCUGUACGACAGUGACGUACUGGAAGAGGACUCGAUCGUGGAUUGGUACAACAAGGGUGCUGCAGGUGGCAAUAAAGGCUCUCCAAUUUGGAAGAAUGUCAAGCCAUUUGUGGAGUGGCUGCAGAAUGCUGAAUCCGAGUCUGAAGAGGAGUGAGCAGCAGCAGCAGCAGCAAGCAGUUUAUGUAUGGUGUAGUAAUGCCUUGCCUCCUCCUCCUUGCCUAAUGUUUUCACAUUUUUUAAUAAUAAUGUUUUAAUGGUGGGUCUGUCUGUCUUCCUGUCUUGUCUGAUUGUGUGCGGUAACACAGCUUGGGGGUUGAUUGUUACUGCAAGAAUAAAGCUGGCGGGUGUUUUGUGUCCUUUCUGUCUGUGUCAUGGUUUUAUUUUGGUGUGGUGCGGUUGUGUGAGGUGCCGUGCGGUGCCAUGCCAUGCCAUGAGAUAGUGUUGUUUAAAAAUAGAUGCAUGCGUUGCUGUUGUGUGCGUGUCGAGUCUGGUCUGGUCAUGAGUUUGCAGAUUUCCUUUUUCCUAAUAAGAAAACAGUGGCCUGUUUUUGGUCGAUGGUUAAUCA